AUGGGGACCCGGAACAGUGGGAAGAAGGACGAGCUCCAUAUUCACGAGAUCAACCGCACACCAGAGUAUACCGACUUCAUCCAGAAGCUCGCCGCAUUCCACGAGAAGCGCGGCACCGCCUUCGAGCCUGAGCCUCGGCUGCCGACCAUGCACGGUCAUGUGCAUGUCGACCUCUUGCAGCUCUAUCGUGCUGUCAUUGACAAAGGCGGCUACGACGAGAUCUCCAAAGUACAAAAGGCCUGGGGUCAGCUCGCCAACGAGCUUGGCAUGCACUUCGAGGACAACAAGGGCAUGGGGCAGCUCUCGUUCCAGCUCAAGCAGGACUUUUAUCGCUAUCUGGCUGCCUUCUGGUUGCAGGAUCAGCACGGCAUAGACCCCCCUCCAAAGGAAAUCCUGGAACAGGUGUCGUGUGCUAGCAAAUACGGCCCCGUUCUCACGCGAUCCAUGGAGACUUUCAAGCAUCACAAUCGGUCGUCAGAGGAGACGCCCACCAAGGAGAAAGAAGAGCGCCCAGUAGAGAGCACGCCAGUCUCCAGCACUCGAGCUUCCGGGCGGUUGCGCGAGGCUCCGCCGCAGCGAGUACCAUUCCAGCCAGAGACGGGCCCGACCCGGCCGCCGAGACAGACAUCUUCCACAUCCUCGACUCCCUUGCAACAGCACCACAGCGUUAAUAUGCCACAUUCCCAAUCCAACAACUCUCUGCCACAGCAUAAUUCUGCGAACCCGGUACAGAUCGGGCAGCAGCAGGCAGCACUGCGUGCGGCUUCUGCCCACUAUGUGCCGCCACAGUCAGACACAGCAUCGCGUCUGACCGAGGUGUUUGAGCCGCGUAUGCCAAUCACUGUGCCAUUACGGCCAGUUGCAACUCCUUCCAACAACCCGGCUGAGUUUGCGCGGCGAAAUCAGCAUCUGCAGCGCUUAAGAGAUAUACCACUGGCAGCGAAGGCACAGAUUCCAGGUGUUGGUUUUGACGGCCCGAACAUAUACACGAGAUGUCUCCAGGCGUUGAGAUCCGAGAUUCCUACGGAGCAGGCUUUCGCGCUCAACCACUUGGUCAAAAUUUCAUUCGAACGCGGAGAUAAGUACAAAUUUGAAUCAUUCCAAGGCCUUGCAGAAGGUCUCAUCGACAAAGGUCUCGAGAUCGGUUCACUUUUCUACGAUAUCCAGUGGGAGAUAGACUACUCUGGCUACCCUGAUGCGACAGAUCUUGGUGCACUGGACGGGCUCAACGGCACCGAUGACAUACUCGACCGGAUCGACCGGCUCACACCGAAGGCGGUCAUGGAUCAUCUUCAGACGGCGGAGUUUAGUGACCAGUUCCUUCGUAUCAUCGAAGCAAUUCUCACCAUUCGCAACAUGGUAAUGCUGAUUGAGAAUGCAUCCUACAUGUCGGAAGUCUACCCAUUGCGGGAUCUUCUGUGCAUCAUUCUCAAUUUGCCAAACUUGGAAAUACUUGUCGAGGUGAAGCAUUUCGCACUCGAUAUUGCCGAGCAGCUUACACCCUUCCUCAAACUGGAAUCAGACAGCCCGCUUUACCGGAGUCUUUUGAACCAGCUUGAUUCAACAGAUCGCGGUGUGAUAUUGACAGCACUGAGGGCCAUUAGUCGUAUCUCAAUGAACUCGGACGAGGCCAACAGACUGCAAGAAGUCCCACCAAUGGUUCUCAGGAACAUCAUGAACUGGCUGCUUCUCAACGACGAGGAGCUCAUGGAUGCAUGCCUGGAUUUCCUGUACCAGUACACCGCCAUGGUUGCCAAUGUCGAUUCAUUGCUCCGAGCCGUCGAUAUGGAGCGUGUAGUCCCACAUCUCGUUCGUUUGCUGGCGCAUGGUGCAAAGCGGGUGAGAGAAGACCGGGUGCUAGUUCCAGAGCAGAAGCUCCCGUCCUCUGAAGAUGUUAUACCCCUGCCGAUCGACCUUCAGGAAAAGCUGUCGAACACGGACGAGCCUCAACGAUGCUUCCAGUGGCUGCAGAGCCUGUUUGAAGAGGAUGCCGAGUCUCACAUCACUCAGAUCGCCAUAUGGCAAGCCUACCAGGCAUCGUUUGGUGCGCUGGCUGGUAGCGGGCGCCACAUGCUCAGCGCUGCUGACUUUAUUAGAAAUGUCAGCCACGUCUUCGUGAAUGCGCGUGCUCAAAUCAUUCGCGGGCCUGGAGAGGUACAACGUUUCAUCAUCGAAGGCAUCCGCGCCCGCUCGGCGCCCAUGGAUCCCGACAGGAAGGAAGAGUACCUGCCCUGCAAAUGGGUCCUUCCUAGCAACCCUAUCACUGGCCGGUGCACCAGCUUCUUCCUUAGUGGCGAGCAAAUGUGGCACCACAUUUUAAAGUCGCACUUGGGUAUAGUUCCUGGUGAGGGCGGCCAGUUCGAGGACAAGGAAGUGAACUGGGUUUGCGGGUGGAAGGGUUGCUCAAAAUACCCUCGGCCGGCCACGAAGAAGCUGUCGGAGCUCACACGCCACAUCAAGACCCACAUUCCCUCUUCACAAAAGAGGGCACUGUCUGAAAGCUCUGAAUCGGUGGCCAAGCGCCCGAGAAAGACUUUUAUCGUCCCGGCCAAGACGAUGUCGCUGAGCUGGGAGCAGACUGUCAUAACACGGGACGAGCGCAAUCCUAAGAUCGAGCAGGCCGCAGGUAUCCCCCUGAGUGCGGUGCUUGUCCUUCGCAACAUCGCCCGCAACGUGGUCAAGACGGAUGCAGAGGACGAGCUUGUCAAGGAGCAGGAGUCGUCGGGCGAAAGCGGCGGCUGGAAUGAAAGGCUCUUCCGGCCCGUUCUGCCCAGGCUGUUUGAAGUGAUGACGGAAAACAAGGCAAUGGCAACCUAUGUCACAUCAUUGUUGCAGUUGGUGCAGGAGGACUAG